AUGAACGCCCUACCAUUCCCCUGCCCUGUGCACGUGGGUGUUGUUACCACUGGAGGCCUGCACGCUCAACUGCACAAAUACACUUUGGAGAGAAAUCUCACCAAGUUGGAGAAACUUCUGAAUAAGGGUGUUGAUGUGGACUGUGUGAAUCACUUGGGUCAGACUCCACUGUUCUGUGCCGCUCUGUCGGGCCAAGCAAAGGUGACGGAGCUGCUCCUGUGUCACGGGGCUGACCCCAACCAUCGCUGUGAGGACCGGAGCACCCCAGUGCACGCGGGCGUACUCUCCUGUAACCCUUCAGUGAUGAGCAGCUUGCUGGAUGCUGGAGGAGAUCUGAGGCUCCACGAUUGGGAGGGCAGGUCGCCCUUUGACUGGGUCAGGACUGUGAAGCAGGAAGGCCGUGCCAGGGUGUGUGUUAUCAAGCCGACCCAGGCAUUGGCUGUGCCGGCAUCUAUCCCACUGAUCAGAGACAGUGAUCUAACCCAGGCUAACGAUGAACCUCUGCUCUCCUUCUCCUGUGGCUCUAUGACCUCCAUGACCAAACCAAAUGGUGUGUUUCAGUUACAGCUGGAGGGGCUCCAGGGUGACAGUAAAAACAAUGAGGGACAGUCAGACAGCCUAUCUGGACCUGCUCCUUAUGGAACAAGACUACUGCAGCUGCUGCAGCUGAUGGCGGUGAGUCUGUCUGAUGACCUCCAGAGGACCAGUCUUGUGUUUGAACCAGUCGACGUCGGUACGCUGCACAACCUGCUGCACAACAGGCGUGUAGAGUUUCCAGUGCUGCAGGACAGGUGGCUGCUGUCGGUGAUGUUGCAGGUGUGUGAGGGUCUGCAGUACAUCCACAGGGGAGGCCUGGUGAUGAGGGCCCUGUCGUCCCACAGCGUGGUCCUCACUAAGUUGGCAGUAGCCAAACUGACUGGUUUAGGCUUCAUGGUCCCCAGCAGUCAAAGAACCUGUGUCAAACCCCCCCCACACAUAGACCUGCCCCCCAGCCUCCACAGAUGGGCCGCUCCAGAGGUCAUUAAACAACGACUGUGCACAACGCAGGCCGACAUCUACAGUCUGUGUGCUCUGAUCCAGGAACUCUACACAGACUGUGAACCGUGGGGCACAGUGGACCUGGACAGGAUCAAACAGGCGAUGGCUGCAGGACAGGCACUGGCAGUAGACAGCAGCAUUCCACAGCCUUAUUAUGAUGUGGUCCUGAGAGGCCUGCAGCACCACCCACAGGACCGCACAUGCAGCCUGCAGGGCAUCUGCUACACCCUACAGCAGGACCUCGAGAGGUUUUCCGUGGAGGAACGGAUGACUGGUGGGCUUUGUGAACAAGAUCUGGAGCCUGAGGUCCAGACAUCAGCACAGCUUAGGACCAUGGUUGGGGAAUCAGUACAGAGCGUUGUCAAUAGAACUAUCAGACCAGUCACGAUCCAGGCAGAUGUUGUAGAAAGACAUGUCCACCUGCACAAACAGCUGGAUAGAGGAGCAAAGGCAGAGCUGAGGAGAGAAGAAAGAGAUGAGCGUACGGAGGGAGAAUCCACGCUCCACCAGGUUUACCCGUACGCAGGCAUGCUUCCUCUGCUCUGUGAGUAUGACUCAGUAAGUGUUGAGGAAGAACCAGAUCCGUACACGGACAGGGAGAUAGUGGAGCAGCUGGAUGGCCUGAAAAUAGCAAUGGAUCAGCAGAUCAGCACCAUUGCGGUGAACCUCAAAGUGUCCAGGGAGCUGCUGCAGCAGGCCAACAGGAGCCUAGACACAGUGGAAAACCAGCCCCAGCUGGACCCCAGAGGGGAGGGUGAAGUGGACUGUCCCAGAGAUGCUCCCCGCAAUCGCCACACUGGCUCCUCUAGUGCUUCAUCUGGCUCAUCCUCCUCUACGUCCUUCGUAGAUCUUUCAGGAUUGAGCGCCGCUGUCGGACCGCAUUCAAAGCGUUACAGUCUCUAUCCGCACAGGGGAGAUGGUUGGGGAAAGAACCUGGAGGCCCAGCUUCUGAGCAGGGAUUGGGAACUGCUGAGCCAGGAGGAGCUGGCUCUGUGGAUGAGUCACUAUCCAGCCGAGCAGCUGCAGCAGUACGAGGAGGGCCGACCGCUGCAUUUCCUUCUCUCCAGUCACUACAUGACAGGGAGCCGACCGGUGGGAGCUGAUGACGGAGCAGAGGAGCUGAGCCAGUACAGAUCAGCUCUGGACAGCAGCCUUCUUAACAUCCUCUCUGAGAAGAAGCAGCAGACGUCCAGUUCACCAGAACAUGCAGACAUUACAAUAGAGGUGUGCAGGCCAGCAGCUAGUGGGAGUCUACUGCCAGAAACUCAUAACACCAAAUAUGAGAGCUUCUCAAACAGUGAUGAGAAAAUGGACAGUGAUCCUGAUGUCAGUGGAACACAGGCUCAGUAUACAGCCAACACUAACACGCCUCGGUUAGACGCGGCUCUGAUGGCUGAGCUCUCCAGCAUCACAGACUCUCCAGCUCAGCCUCAGGAGAGGAGACUCCACGGUAUCUCUGAUAGCAGAAGAGCCACGCCCUGUUAUAGUACCCCACGCAGCCCAGACGUACGCCAGUGUGUGAUGCCAGGCAUUAGAGAGGCCCAUCUCCCAGAAUCCCCCGUCUGCAGGACUGAGAGUUUCACCACAGCAAGAGACAGCUCAGUAAAGCCUCCCCCUUUUAAGUUAGAAUCUGCCAGCAGUCCAGAGGGCUUUGUCACUGCCAGCCAGGAGGAAGAGCUGUUAGAUACUGCAUCUCCCAUAUCUAUGGUCCACAGUGCCGAAGAAGGGGAGGACAACGUGGACGAGGAAGAGGAAGAGGAAGGAGAGGUAGAGGGAGCAUCCGAACGGGAGCAAAAUGAAGAGAGGCAGGAUGGAUGCAGUCAAAGUGUACCGGGGGUGUAUGAAGAGGAUGAAGAGGAGCACAGGCCACAGGAGGAGCACAAGGAAAUGCAGAGAGGACUACAGCUGGAGGGCAAGACGGGAGGAGAACACAUGGAAGAGGAGGAGGAGGGUGGUGAGCAUGUUGAGGAGGAGGAGCAGGGCUGGUGCAACACGCAGAGCGGUGAGCUUGGUGCCGACACAGCCGCUGCAGAUCAGAAGGAAGAGCUCAGGGAGUCUCCAGGGUCACAGCAAAGUCACAGUUUACUGGAGGACACCAACAGAGCCCACUCGACACUAGACGAUGUGCUGCUGGGCUUUGGAAUGGAGGGCACCGGAAAGAGUCCAGGAACAAGAAAUAGGGUUCGCACACUGUGUCAGCUGUUUGAAGGGCAGAGUGGUGAUGAUGAAGGACACCCAGCAGGAGACCACGCACACACCGUCAGCUCCAGUGAUGACUCAGCCACCACCUGAAACACGGCCUCCACUGGUGAACGCAUACACAGCGUUCUGGUGAAACACCUGGCCUCUGUACAUUUGAUGCCAGUAAUGAUUGAAAUGAUGCACUUGAAAAGACAAAUUGAGAGUUCAUGACCUCUGCGUUAUCCACUCUGUAUCUCUGAAUACAGGAGGACUCUGUUGUAGCAGGACCAGACCGCUCAUGAGCCAAACCAA